AUGCAGGGCGAGUCGAGGAGUUUGCUCGAGGAUAUGAUCCUUGAGGCGCUGCGCCAUAUGCGGAAUCUCACACGGCUAGUUUGGACACGCGACCGCUCCCUCUCCACCGAGCUAUUCGCCGUCAUCACUCGCCUCCCGGCCUUGGAACACCUCGAGCUGUCAGGCCACAGCAUGCGUCUCUUCGACCCCUCCCUCCUAGGCCACAUGCCAUCCCUACGCGAUCUGCGAAUCAUGAUGCCCGAUCCUACGUUCCGCGCCGUCCUCCCAGCCAUCGCACGACAGCUCGACGCCCGCACGAACGGCGGGCUAUGGGGUCUCGCCCUCGUGUGUCGGAGCUUCAACAUUAUCAACGAUGCCCUAUUGAAGGAUCUGUCCCCGUUUCUGGGGCAGUUGAAGCGACUACAGCUAGUCGGGCAUACCAAGGUCACGAGAGAGGGCGUCUAUGCUGUUUUGGAAGAGGCGCGAGGUCUCGAAGAACUUGUGCUCGACGCUGCGCCCCACUCUGGCCUAGUAGACCUGACGGACGCGCCAUCGAUGCCUGUCCUUUCGACAUUCUCGCUCUCCUUCCCCGCCCCAAAACACUCCGUCUUGGAAGCGAGCGACAUGCCUGUCCUCCGUCCAAUGCCACUCCGCGCCCUAGAACUAAACCUCACGGGCACCGACGAGCGUCGCCAACGCGUCCUAUCUCCUUACGCCCUCGCCGCUUUGCAAGCAGAAGUCGACUUUACCCCUCUCACCCGCCUAGCCCUCCUCAACCUCCUAAUCGAUACUGAGGGGCUUGGCACCAUCCUCGCAGCCGCUCCCUACCUGGACGAGCUGUACGUGUGCCUCGACUCCCCUUCCGCCCUGAAAUGUCCGGCCCUCUCUGAGGCAGGCAUACGCAUCUUCCACGCCAACGCUCCCGAAUCGGCCCGGCCUAGCCGCGAACAGCUCGCAGCUGUUGCCGCCCGCAUGCCCGUCGUCGAACAGAUCGGGAGCAUGAACCGCGUGUAUGAGGUUGAGAGGUAUCAUGAGGGGGGACAGAGAGUGGUCGAACUAGCGCGGUGGAGCCAGAUCACUACCCCCGGGUACUUCCUCGUGUGGCGGCCGUGA